AUGUCGAAUUAUGUGAUAAAAACUCUUUUGAAGAGAUGUCCGAUUAUUUCACAGCGAUCGGUUCAAAGACAGGUAUUAAGUCGUGCCUAUGUCCUUUCAUCAAACGGGAAUAUUCACCAACCUAAUUCACCAUCUAAUAUAGGAUGCCAGCAACAAAGAGGAGGAGGAAGAAGACAAGAAAUAUCAGUCAGUCGGUCGCUUCAUCUCUCUGUGGUUCAAAAUGCCAUUUUAGAACAGUCUUCGGAAGGUACUCUUGUAAAUAGUCCCUAUCCAGAUGUAACCAUACCUUCAUGUUCCUUCGCUGAGUAUGUCUUCCAAUACCUGGACCAGCACAAGGACGCAGUAGUGUUGGUGGACUAUUUGACGAAUCGGUCGUUCACGUCAUCAUCUGUAAAAGAGUCAGCCAUCCGUGUUGCCAGUGGUCUUAGACGACUGGGAUUGCGACAGGGAGACACUGUGCUUGUGUUCAGUAGUAACUCUCCCGAAUACACGGUCAUUACUCUAGCUUGUGCUGCCCUUGGACUAGUCAUCAGUACCGCUAAUCCCGUAUAUACAGCAGGUGAGUUGGCACGACAACUAGGUCAUUCUACGACAAAGGCUAUUGUAACUAUGCCAGGGUUGGUACCCACAGCAAAAGAAGCAGUCAUCUCGUCCAAGGAGCAGACCAACUCUGUCAAAUGGAUUAUCACUAUUGGCGGACAAACGGAAGGUUGCAUACCAUUUUCUGAUUUACUGGAGGAUGACGGAAAGGGGUUUCCUGAUAACGUAGACAUAGAUCCAGAUAAGGAUGUCUUGUUUCUGCCCUACUCCAGCGGGACUACGGGAUUACCUAAGGGUGUCAUGCUGACUCAUAAAAACAUAAUAGCAAACAUUGAACAGAUGAUUAAAGGUCAGAUGGAUCUGGACCCUAACCGGGAGUCUUUGAUAGGUAUACUUCCGUUUUACCACAUCUAUGGUUUGGUAGUGAUUCAGUUUGGAGCGGUUUGUCAAGGCGUCAAACUCGUCACUCUUCCUAAAUUCGAUCCCGAAACAUUUCUUGGUGUUAUACAAAAACAUAAGACUUCCUUCCUUCACUUAGUGCCACCUGUCGUGCUCUUUCUCGCCAAGUCUCCUCUCGUAAAUAACUACGAUGUUAGCAGUAUUCGGAGGAUUAUGUGUGGUGCUGCACCUCUGGGGGAGGGCCUUACAGAGGAAGUCUCUUCUCGGCUUAACUGUCACGUUGUACAAGCAUACGGCUUAACAGAGACAAGUCCUCUUAUCCUGAUGGACAAAGUGCCACCUAAACUUGGAACCAUUGGACAACUGAUGCCUAGUACGCAGGCAAAGAUAAUAGAUGUUGACAGCGGGGCUUGUCUCGGUCCUGGGGAGGCAGGCGAGUUAUUGGUCCGGGGACCUCAAGUCAUGAAAGGUUAUCUCAACAACCGAGAGGCCACAGAAAGUACAAUACGUGACAACUGGCUACAUACAGGUGACAUUGGGCACUACGAUCACGAAGGCUACAUAUCUAUCACAGAACGACUUAAAGAACUUAUCAAGUAUAAAGGCUUUCAGGUCCCUCCAGCUGAGUUAGAAGCAUUAUUACUGACACAUCCGAAUGUGCAAGACGCUGCAGUGAUUGGAAUAGAGGCCGGGGAGGACGUGGGCGAGAUCCCUCGCGCCUUUGUCGUCACCAAACCCAACACCCAGCUCGAGGAGGGAGAUGUCACUAAGUUUGUAGAAGAAAAUGUUACACAUUACAAAAGACUGAGAGGGGGAGUGAAGUUUGUGAAUGCUAUUCCUAAAACCGCAAGUGGCAAAAUUCUCCGGCGUCAGCUCAAGGGUCUGUGA